AUGGCUGCCCAUGAUAUCCUCCUUGAAGAUCUGAGAAGGUUAAGCGAAGGAAUCAACCAAGCUAUUGAUCUUACUGGGAUGGAUCCCACAAUUGACCGUACAAAAUUUGCUAAUUCUUCGCCACUGGUACAUUUAGACGUACUGACAGAUAGGUUUUCACAGCAACUGUCUACCAGCUCAGAAGGCAGUGCUGAGUCUUUAUCUUGGGACGAUCUGUUAAAUUCUUAUCAGUCUCUGGGAAAUCAGCUCUUACAGCUGUGGAACACGUUUCUGAAAUUUCACAGGGAAAAUAAAACAAUGAUACUCGAAUUUCUACGUCAUUCAUGGGCUAUUGAUCGAAGAUCUGAAUGGUCAAUAUGGAUGGUACACUCCAUAUCUGAGAUGCCCCAUCAGAGUUUGAGUAGCAGAGUUGAAGGAACAAUAAUGCGCUGGGGCACACAUGGAAGAUCUUUAAAUUCGAGGAAGUUAACUGAUGAUCCUUCUCAGACUGCAACAAUGCGUGCUGAACUUCAUAGACGAGGAAUAGCACAAAUGAAGAUCAACAAUAGGUUCACUUCAAGACAUGUAUAUAUUCGAGGAUCCUUUGCGCAUUCCUAUUAUUAUUAUAGAACGGAUGGCAAAUAUGGAUCAUUCUCCAAGUUGGGUCUUAGCAUUCACCUCAGUCCACAGCAUGACGACCCAUGCAUGGUUGAGAUCAAGUGGAAAGAGGCUCCAAAACUUGACUUCAUCAUACGGGCAAGAGGAAAAGGAGAGAGCAGGAGAUUUAUGGGAGAGAAAAUGGAGAGAGUUGUAGAAG